AUGGAAAAAUUGAAGCACUUUAGUCACCAACAUAUGCUCUAUCUUACGCAUCUACAACAAACCCGCCACAUCAUUCAAAAUUAUUGCUCCUCUGAUGAUGAUGAUGAUUUGAAGGUGGUGGUACAAGAAGAUGACCAGCAGCAGCAUGGGGGGCAAUGUAAAAUGUGUGAGGAGCGGAUUUAUUCAUUUCAUUUGUGUUACUACAAGUGUCAUGAAUGUGACGACGACUAUUCUCUGCACAAAUUCUGUGCGGAACUGCCUUUAAUCCUAGAGAGCCACCCGUUACAUGAUCAUCCGACGGGUCAUCAGCUGACCUUGUCCAAGAAAUAUCAGUUUACCGAACCCGAUCCCUCUUUCAAAUUUGGAGAUCCUUCUGAUUUGUCAUGGAGCUGUAGCAUCUGCAAAGCUGAUCAUAAUAUGUUCUAUAAUUACCAUUGUGCCAUCUGCAAAUUCACUAUGGACAUAGUUUGUGCGACCACGUCUCAACAAAAGAUGGUCCACCCAAAUCAUCAUCCUGAUCACCCGUUGCAGCGUACGUUCAAGUCGACAUCAGCUACUUGUGAUGCUUGUGCUACGAGUCAUAAUGAUGAAAGGGGGAACUUCUACCAUUCUAACACCUUUCCUGUUUGCAAAGUCUGUGAUGGCCCUUUUCUUGGCGAUUUAGCGUGGCUUUACAAAUGCGAUGAAUGUCGAUAUUACGUUCAUUUUCUAUGUGCGACUUCACCGCGGGCAGGCCGUGGCAAAACUUACAAAAAAAACUUCAACGACACUGAUCAUCCUAAUCUACUCCACUGCCCAUUUCCCGAUGAAAGUUGCAACCUUCUGAAGCACUAUUAUUGUUACAAUCGCAAGGAGGAAUAUUUUGCCAAAGAAAAGUAUGAUGAUGAUGACGACGACGACGACGAUGACGAUGAUGAAAGGAGGUUGAUCAACCAUUUUAGUCAUCCACACCCACUCAUUCUAGUACGUAACGAAUCAUUAGUUAUUCCUCUUCAUGAUCCCAUGAAGAAGACACAGCUGCUAUGUGAUGGAUGUGUCAGACCAAUCACGUCAGUGCCAUUUUACAAGUCUAGUGGUAGUAGUCCCCAAUAUAAUGUAGAAAACCCAUCAUCAUCAUCAUCAUCAUCAUCAUCAUCAUCAUCAUCAUCAUCAUCAUCAUCAUCAUCAUCAUCCUGUGGUGGUUUUGUGCUCCAUGAGUGGUGUGCAAAGCUACCCUCUCAACUACAUUACCACCCGGGUCAUCCACAACACACGCUACUUCUAUUGCCAAAAGCCCUCCCCAGUUUUCGGUUGGCCGGUGUAUUCCGUUGUCAAGUUUGCCGGUAUCCUCCAAUGGUUUUGCGUAUGGGUGCACAACGUGUGGAUAUUAUGUAGACAUCAAUUGCUCCCUCAUACCGGAGGAAAUCACUCAUGAAACUCACCCCAACCAUUUGUUGCGAAGAAUCAAGGGUUCAGACAUACUAUCCAAAGAGUAUUGCAAGGCAUGUUGGUGUUCGAU